CCUCCCCCCUCCUGGGUACCAGUCGGCGCUCCCGGGCGCUGGCGGCGGAAGAGAUGGAGCCGCGUCACGAGCGCCCGGCCCCUUAAAACGCUGCUGCCUGGAGCCGCCUCCCUCCCUGCAACCCGCGGCGGGGAUGGAGUAAAGGGGGACCCGUCGACCUGCCCGCGGGGAUCAGCGAUGGAGUUAAAGCAAUCUUUAUCCACCCAUCUGGAAGCUGAGAAGCCUCUGAGGCGCUAUGGGGCGGUGGAGGAGACAGCAUGGAAAGCGGAGGGACUGGGGAGAACCCAGCUGGACAUCAUCUCCAUGGCRGAGACCACCAUGAUGCCCGAGGAGAUCGAGCUGGAGAUGGCCAAGAUCCAGCGUCUCCGGGAAGUGCUCGUCCGCCGGGAGUCUGAGCUCAGGUUCAUGAUGGAUGACAUUCAGCUCUGCAAGGACAUCAUGGACCUCAAGCAGGAGCUGCAGAACUUGGUCGCCAUCCCAGAAGAAGAAAAAACCAAGCUGCAGAAGCAGAGAGAGGAGGAGCUCAUCCAGAAGAUCCACAGACUCGUGCAGAAGAGAGACUUCCUCGUGGACGACGCGGAGGUGGAGCGGCUAAGGGAGCAAGAAGAAGACAAGGAAAUGGCCGAUUUCCUGAGAAUCAAGUUGAAACCUCUAGACAAAGUAGCCAAAUCUCCAGCCAGCUCCCGGGCAGAGAAGAAAGCAGAGCCCCCACCUAGCAAGCCCACAGUGGCCAAGACUGGGCUGGCACUCAUCAAGGAUUGCUGCGGGGCCACCCAGUGCAACAUCAUGUAGCCCCCACACGGGGUGCCCCGGAGCCACGGGGACCCCCUCCCACCCUCUUGUCGUCAUAGCCCCCAUUUCACCGGGGCCUAAGAGCUCUCCAAGGCUUCCGGAAGGGGUUGAAGRCAAGCCUGUGACUGCCGCCAGGGGCCAUGGGGCGCGGCAGGCGGGCCGGCCGCCCUGUACAGAGUGUAGCAAUAGGGAGUCCCUCACCGUCGCAUGGCCCUCCCCAGAGCAUGCCGAACCCAGGAGUCUGCCUCACCAAUUAUCCAACCACCAGGAAGGUCCUCCCUCAGAAAAGUUUAUCUCCACUUCUAUUUAGCUGUAUCUAACCCACUGUGCAAGUCAUCUGGGAGAGGGGCAUCGGUCCCCAGGUGUGUAUAGUUGUGACUUCUCAACAAUCUAGCACCGUGUUGGACACCUCCCCCUCCACGCUCCCAGCUCUGCUGUCAGGCCUGCCCCAAAUAGGCACAGGUCCCAUCCCCCGUCUGUCCUCUCCCAGGGACCGUGCCCCCCACUGGGGGGCCCUCCACGUAGCCCAUGCAUCUCUCAGGCACCAUCAGUGUCACGUUCUUGGAGGCCGAUGGCCUGUCUGUAAAGACUUGAGCUUGUGUGCCACGCUGUGGUCACAUCUCCUGCUUCCUCCCAUCCUGUGUCCGGGCCCAGUUCACAUCGGGAGGGUGUCCACUGUGUUCU